AUGGCCGACCACGAGCAUGCCACGCUCAAGCACCACGAGCACCUACUCCUGGACCAGCCGCUACUGCGUCUCCCCAACGAGCUCCUCCGCAAAAAUUUCCGCUCCGCCCACUUCGUCAUCGAAAAGGACACAACCGCCCUCAAGACGCUGCUCAAGGACUCGGCCACGUCGGCCGUCUCGGGCCGCGCCUCGCAGCAGGACGUGCUCAAGAACGUCGACGCCAUGAUUGCCCGCAUGCGCGGCGUCAAGCGCAAGCUCACCGCGUGUGCCGAGGAGGAGUCACGCCUGCACACGCAGACAGCCUCCCGCAUCUCCCAUCUCAACGAGCUCUUCUUGAUACACACGGUCGAGGACGUCAAGUACGAGGCCUGGAGUCGCCGCAGGCUGGACCGCCUGCUAGCCGACUACCUGCUGCGCCACGGCUUCAUCCAGACUGCAGCCGACCUGGCCCGGGAGAGGAAUAUUGAGAACCUGGUCGAUGUCGACACCUUUGUCAACAUGAGUCGUAUUCGCGAGGCACUCCUCCGUGGCAGCGUCGCCGAGGCACUUGCUUGGUGCACCGACAACAAGAAGGAACUGCGGAAAAUGGAGAGCAAGCUCGAGUUCAUGCUCCGAUUCCAGCAGUACGUCGAGCUGAUCCGCAAUCGAUCCGAGCCCAGGCCCACGGAGGCCGUCGCGCACGCCAAGAAGCAUCUUGUCCCGUACGCGGCAACGUAUCCCAAGGAAAUCCAACAGGCCGGCGGCUUGCUCGCCAUCCCCCCCAACAGCCCCGCGGCCUCUGUGUACUCGGAUCUCUACAAACCGUCUCGCUGGGCAGAGUUGGCCGAUCUCUUCACAAAAGCCCACAACAACCUCCUCUCCCUCCCCUCCGUGCCUCUGCUUCACAUCGCCUUGUCCUCUGGCCUGUCGGCGCUCAAAACGCCUGCCUGUCACUCUUCUUCCCACCAGGGCGACGGGGCGUCUACGCUCGGCCAUGGGGUGUGUCCCAUAUGCUCGACUGAACUCAAUGAGCUGGCAAGAAACGUGCCCUAUGCGCAUCACACCAAAAGCCACGUCGAAUAUGAUCUGAUGCUGCUCCCCAACGGCAGGGUUUGUGGGAAGCAGCGGCUCACCGACCAAGCAAAGAAAGCCGGGCUGCCACAGAACCUGGUCAAGGAUCCACGCACGGGCGAAGUGUUCGCCAUGGACGUGCUCAAGAAGGUAUACAUCACUUAA